GAGGCUAGAAGGGCUAGGAAGAAGAAGCACUACCCACGCGCAAGACAAAUGCCAAUGAGAACAGUCCCGAAUCCCGCAGCUGCCGGAGUGGCCGUUGUAGCAGGAGGGCCCCCUGCGACCAUCCAGGUGUAUGCUCCGUGGAAACCAAACGAUAUGUUGAUAAUCCUGAAUGGGGCACCAGACAAAGUCAAGUGCCCAGGACGAUUUGUCGAGUUCAUCGGCAACAUGUUGGACGCCUACCAAGCCGUCUCUUUAGACGCCUGGAGUCUGGUCAGACAAUCCCUGAAUCGAACGCAGUGGGGCAAGUUCCUCACCCAGCUGGGGUACAAUAACCACGCUGCUAUGGAAGCCGUGCACCCGGGAGUUGCCGGAGAUGAACAGCGGAAGACCCUACUCCUGGCGGCCCUCGAAGCGACCCUGAGAAAACCUAUUGACUUGCCCAAGGUACUGGAUCAGAAACCCAAGCGAAAUGAGGACCCCGAGGACUUCUUGGAAAGAUUUAAGGAUGUGUAUGGCUCGCAUGCUGGGGACCAGAACUUUAACACCGGUCAGCAAUCUCCCCAGUUCUGUGCUACACUAAUGCUCUGCUUGCCCGACGGCGUCGGUACCAGCGUUAAGACUAAUAAUCUAAAUUGGACCGGCAUGACCACCCCUGAUAUGUGCCGCGCCGUAUGUGCAUUAUGGAAGAGAGGAGAAGCUGGGGAUCCACCAGCAAAGGUAAAGACGGAAUAUGUUAUCACCCGAGAGCAGCCGCCAAAACCCAAAGGACCUCCGCACGCGGAGACUCGAGGAUACCAGAAGGAGCACCAGUCCUGCGUUCCGGUAUGGAUGGAUAGCCAGCACAAUACGUACCCUUUCCUUUGGGGACAUCCGAACGGACCUAAUGCCUCCCCGUACGGGCCACCAUAUGCACCCCGCGGAGGGAACAACCAGCGGCCAUCUGGAGGAAUAGGAUGGGGACCAAGAAAACCCCUGAUUUGUUAUGAAUGUGGAGGCAAAGGUCACGUACGCCGAGAUUGUCCAAGCGAUAAUCAGCAAGGAGAAAGACGAGGAAGUGAGAGAGGACACCCAAACCAGGGACAAUACGGACAGCCUGGACAGCAAGGCCAACAAGGACCCCGAGGAGGGUACCCAGGUCCCUCUCCCUCCUUCCAAGGAAUACACCAAAACCCCUUUGAAAAUUGACCACCAAAGAUGCUGUCGAUAUCCCCCACAAGGAGGAAUGACAGUAUCCCGGAGCCACACCUGAAGAUGACAGUUAAUAAUGAAUCACACUCCUUCCUUGUUGAUACCGGAGCAACUGUUUCAUCAGUACAAUGUUCCUUAGCCCUCCAGACUACUGGACAGCAUGAAAUGUUACAAGGCUUUGAUGGGAUUCCACACCCUUAUCCCCUAACUGUACCAGUGCCUGUCCAAUAUGAAGGAAUCCGCAUUAUGCACCAAUUUGUGGUGACUAACAAUCUGGACAUUAAUGUUUUGGGACGAGACCUACUUUGUCGACUACAGCUUCUGCUUGUAUGUCAGCCGCAUUCCAUAGAGGUUGAACACGCUCAACAUCGACAGUGCUAUCAGCAUCGAACACCCCAGUGGUGGAGCCUGGACUUGGAGGACCAAGAACACCAUGUCACACUUGCAUAUGAUGCGAGUGGAUCCAACUCGGAACUGGAGCAAUUCUUUGGGCCCCAUGAGGGCAGUCAGUGGACCAUCACCGAGUUGGCUACCGUAACCGGUCGGGAAGGAGAAGCGUUGGCCGUGUCGAUAUCUAUGUCCAACUGGAGGCAAAGUCCUGGCAUCGCACCUCAUCUUACGCUAAAAGUAUACUUUCCAUAUACCGCCAAAGACCUCGGACCAAUGGUUUUUCAGGCCUUGAAGGGAUCAGAUGAAAAUACCCAAGGCCCCCAGCAAGUUACCUCCGAUCUGUCCAUUACCUAUUCACCCACCCGACCUACUCAGGAGGGUACCUUGAGACACCAUAAGGGCCGAGAUAUUGUGGAAUUUACUGAUCCGGAAGUAUGGGCGGAUGAUCAGACUCAAGUAGGACUUACAAAUGUUGAACCAGUCCUAGUGAAGGUCAAGCCCGGUGUAGCCAUGCCAUCUAUACAACAAUAUCCCUUGAAAGUCCAGGCCGUACCCUGUAUCGACGUGUUACUCAAAGGACUAUUGAAGCAAGGUAUCUUGAUCACCUGCCAGUCCUGCUGCAACACACCAAUUCUCGCAGUCCCAAAACCAGGAAAACCGAAUCAGUAUCGUCUAGUCCAGGACCUGCGGGCCAUCAAUGCCAUAGUACAACCAUUACAUGCUCUUGUUCCUAACCCAGCACAUAUUCUUGCUACCAUCCCGGCUAAAGCAACAGUCUUUGGAUCGGUGGAUCUCCAACAUGCCUUUUUCUCGAUUCCUUUACAUCCGGACUGUCAGUACCUGUUUGCAUUCACCUAUAAUGGACAACAGUACACAUGGACCAGAUUGCCACAGGGCUUUGUAAACUCACCGACCCUAUUUUCUCGUUGUCUGCAGCAGCAAUUACAAAACCUGCAGUUACCUGAGGGGUCUGCAUUGAUCCAGUACGUCGAUGACCUUUUAGUGGCCAGUGAAACGGAGGAGCAGAAUAGGGAAGCUCUAAUUUUGUUAUUGAACUUUGUAAAGACAUUGGGAUACGUUGUGUCCCCCUCCAAAGUACAUGUUGGACAAAAGGAGGUGAAAUUCCUCGGAGUCAUAAUCUCGGCAGAAGGCCGUCGGUUGGACGAGAGCCGCACAGACCCCAUUUACAGAACAGCCCCCCCCACGUCAGCCAGGGGAAUGCGACAGUGGCUGGGAAUGAUCAACUACUGCCGUCAGUGGAUUCCGAAUGUGGCCCUGGACAUAAAGCACCUGACCCCUUACACCAGUGAGGAAAGUACCUUUGUAUUGUCAGGUGAAGCCUUGACAGCGUUCAAUAAUCUAAGAGAGGCCCUGCAGAAGGCUCCUGCGCUGGGGCGACCCCUGUAUGAUAGACCUUUUCAGCUCUAUUGUACCGUCCUGGGUGAAUGUGCCACUGCGGUUUUGACCCAGCUGCAUGGGGAUAAGCACCGACCAGUGGCGUAUUAUUCAUCCAAGUUGGACCCUGUGGCACUGGGGUAUCCCCAUUGUACACAGGUUUUAACAGCGGUAUACAAUAGUCUUCAGUCGGCCGCCAACCUGACUCUCCAGCAGGACAUUACCGUAUAUUCCUCCCACUCUGUGACCGCCCUACUGGGACAACUCCAGACCCAGCAUUUGACCUCAGCCAGACAAAAUAAAUAUGAGAUCUACCUGUUGAAUAAUCCCAAGCUACAGUUCCGGCACUGCACCACUAUCAACCCUGCUGCGUUUCUCUGCUCUCCUCCUGAUCUCCUCGCUCCAUGCGACCAUAACUGCUUGGAGGCUAUUCUCGCGGAUACAAGUCCGCGCCCUGACCUUAGCGAUCAACCUCUAGCCUCUCCAGAUUUGAUCCUCUAUACUGAUGGAAGUUCGUCCAUCAACGAGCAGGGACGCCGUCUGUCAGGCUUUGCGGUAGUUAAGCAAGAUGGAACCUUGCUGGAUUGUGGCAGUUUUGACCCUCCGUUUUCAGCUCAGCAGGCCGAGUUGUUUGCCCUCACCCGAGCCUGUGUCCUCGCAGAGGGGCACUCCGUCAAUAUUUACACCGACUCCCGAUACGCAUUUGGAGUCGUUCACGAUUUCGGACAGUUAUGGAAAAACAGGGGAUUCCUCACCUCGACGGGCCAUAAGAUUGCCAAUCAGAUCCUGGUCUCUGACCUGUUGAAUGCUAUCCUCCUGCCCUCUGCGGUAGCCGUAAUCAAAUGUGCGGCCCACACGACAGGAGAAUCCCCAGUCCAAAUCGGUAACAGGUUGGCUGACGAUGCGGCUAAGUGUGCUUCACGCGGUAGAUUUAAAGUGGUGGGUAGUAUGAUGAGGCAGGUGAAAAGCCUUUAUAUGGGCUCGUCUGAAUCUGAGAAACCUAUGCCAACCAUAAAUGAUGUAUUGCUCUUACAGGGGGACGCCUCUGCUAAUGUUAUAAUGGAAUGGGAGCAGCUGGGCUGUCGGAAGGCUGACUCUGGAUUGUGGCUCACGCCGGCCGGACAGACCUGUAUGACAGACCAGUUAGCGACCUGGGUCGUUGAUUGCCUACAUCUAGCCACUCACUGUGGGGCCACCUUGCUAGUAGACGCUCUCUUACAGGCAUGGUGGCAUCCUCGACUUAAGGUUUUGGCAGCCCAAACUAGUGCACGGUGCCUCACCUGUGCUACACACAACCCUGGUAAAGGAGUUGUCUGCCAGACGGGUCGUACUCCAUUACCUACUGCUCCGUUUGAAACCUUGCAGAUGGAUUUUAUUGAUUUGCCUAAGUGUCAGUGUUAUAAACAUGUACUUGUUAUUGUUGAUGUGUUUUCUAGGUGGAUUGAAGCCUUUCCAACCACUGAUUGCACUGCCUCUACGGUGGUGUCUAUUUUAUUACGGCAGGUUGUUCCUCGUUUCGGGGUUCCAAACACCAUCAGUUCGGAUAACGGCCCUCACUUCAUUGCCGCUAUCAAUAAAGAAUUGUACCGACAGCUGGGCGUAACCCAGCGGCUACAUUGUGCUUAUCGCCCACAGGCUGCAGGAAUGGUGGAACGCUUGAACCAGACCCUGAAGACCAAGCUUGCCAAGCUGGUGGACCAAUCAGGCUCCACCUGGGUUAAAAUGUUGCCUGUUGCUUUGUUCCAGAUCAGAGUCCUUCCAGCAGGGAAGACAAGGUUGUCUCCUGCAGAGAUCAUCUAUGGCCGACCUCUGCGCACCCCUUGGACAGACAUUAUCCCGGCCACAAUGACGUUGCAUCACAUGACGGAGGAGAUGAUACGAAAUAAAUCGCUGAGAUGAGGGUCUUCGUGGCAUUAAUAUGUGUGGCGACCACUGCAGGGUUAAUCGGUUUCGGCUGGAAAUGGACAAAGACUGAAUACGGACGGAACAAACGAGGAAAGAGAGGGGAACGAGAAAACUCCAAUUUAUUCAUCCAGGCACACAACGAGCUAUUCGGGAAGGGGCAGGUGGUUUGUUAUCCACAAAUGACAUCAGUUACCUCCCUGUUUACCCCAUCCCCUGCAUGGGGCAGAACUGAACGACUGGUGAAGUGCCAGAAAAAAAAAAAACGGUCCCUGUUAAACCCGUCAGCAUCAACUAUGAUAGGCUUCUCGCUCCACCGGCCAACUGCUUACCGCUCCCUAAGAACAAUAACCACUCCUACGACAUUUGCUACAAUGGAUCUAGGACGGCGUCAAGAGCACCGGCUAGGCCAUGUAACUUCACCACCAAUAAUGACAACAGGCAAUAUGAAAAUUGUUUUAGUAACCAAGGACACGGGUGUAUAGUCAUAAAUGUUAAAAAUAACCUCACUUGCGCUCUGCAAGGGCCCGUUCAUGGCUCCACAUGUAACCUUACCUAUAAUGGAGUCCAAUGUCAGGUGUCUAAGGACUGUAUCCCCGUAAAUGCUGGAUUUCAGUUGUUGUGUGGAUGGGCCAACGGGACCCAUCUGACAGUAGGAUCCCAUCACCUGCCAAUCCCUAGUUAUAGCAAUGGGAUCAGUGAAGCGUGGAGGGACUGGUCUGGAGGGGGAGAAGUCAUUAAUACCCGAAGGGGCUGUAAUGGAUCAUUAUAUACGGAGGAAGGAUAUUACUUUUUCUUUAAUGGGAAAGGAACCAAUGUCCUAAAACCCCCUUUCCCCAAGAACGUGGCAGUUGGAGCAUUGGUGCCAACCACAGUACCUUGUCCCGAGCAAUGGACUAAACCCAUGGCUCGGGUUCGUCGAAGGACAGUGUCAGCCGAGUUUUGCGCGCAAUGGAGAAAUCCAGGGGUUAGGGGAGCUACCCACGGACAUGCCAUUGGAUGGGGAUUAUUAAGCAUGCUAACCAUGGGAGGAGUGGGUGGAGGUGAAGCAGCCAAAAACCGAAAUUACCUUGUUUGUGGCCUGACAAUUCUGGGCAAUGCAACAACUGGAGCCUUGGAGGCAGUAAAAACCCAGAUGGCCGAAAUGAGGAUGUUUUCCCUACAAAAUAGAUAUGCGCUCGAUUACUUAUUGGCUAGAGAAGGGGGGACCUGUACCGUCAUAAAAGGGAAAUGUAUGAUGGGGGUUCAAGACCGGACUAGCAACAUCACACAACACCAGAAAGAGAUUACCACCUUUUUGGAUGGAAUAAAUGAAAACCAGGGAUGGGGGAAUUGGGGAUUAGGGGGAGUAUACAACUGGAUCAUCAGCAUUGCCAUCUAUGCUGCUAUAGUAGUUACUUGCUUAUUUGUGGGGAUUGCUAUUGUAAAGUGUAUCAUAGCCCGAUUAAUGGUGGCUUUAUCGGGUUUGGGGACCACCCCCGAGGAAGCUAAAAGUUCUGUACGAAUGAUGAUCUUACAGCGUGAGCAGGAGAGACUGUUACCAUUCCCCAACGACAGCGAAAACGAUGAAGUGAGUGAGGAAGGAGAAUUGGGGGAUAAAGGUCAGACGGUCCAAGAAGCCUUGGCCAGGGAACUAGAAGGUUACGAGAUUCGGCGAAUGGGACUUUUAAAUGGACUAUGAGUGUUGCCAUAAGAAUGGCAAAAGGGGGGAAUGAUGAAUAGAAAUUCUGAAUCAAUGUUAUAAGAUUGUUCUGAAAGACAAAAUGGUUGGCCAGGUAGACUGAAACAAAGGACAUAAGAUGGCUGCUGACCAGACUUGCUGGAACAGCAGCCUAGGAGCGAAUACACAAUCUCUUGCAGUUACUGUGUAGUCAUGAAUAAAGGAUCACAGGCCCAGUCUGACAAGAUUGAGGAAUACACAACCCCCCCCUAGCCAGAAAGACUAAGGAAUGUACUGGUCUGAGAUUAUGCGUGGUUCCUCUAACAUCCCCUUAUAUGGACAUACUUGGUUUCCUGUAUUCUCCCAACGUGUUGGUCCUUUGAUCGGGGGGAAUGUGGGAGGUGCUAAACGGUGGCAUUAACAUAUAAAGAGCCUUGCAAUUAAGGGCAGGCAGCUUGACUCUUUGCCAGGUUGUAACCUGUGUGGAGAUUCCUGCUCAAUAAAACGUACGUUUAAAGCAA